CAUGCUUGAGCGUCGUAUCAAGGUAUAGGGGCUCCGUUAUGAAAUCCCAGAAUGUAGGUUGUUGGAGAGUUUUAUUUACAGACCAAAUGCUAAUUGAUAUGGGUUUAGAUGAGAGGGAACCAUUGCAGUGAAAGGUCAUGGAUUCCCCUAUCCUUCUUCUCCUUGCCCUCCUGGUCACCCUGGUCCAAUGUUUUCCUGAUGACUACAACAGUCACAACAGCACCCGUCACCAUGACUACUGUGUGCUUGGAGCCGGGCCCGCGGGCCUUCAGAUGGGUCACUUUCUCUCCAAGAGUCAGAGAGAUUACAUCAUCUUGGAGAGGAACUCGGGGCCAGGGAGCUUCUUCAAUAUAUACCCUCGACACAGGAAACUCAUCAGCAUCAACAAGAUCUACACAGGGAGGCGGAACCGCGAGUUCAACCUUCGCCACGAUUGGAACUCCCUCCUGAGUGACAGGCCUGACCUGCUGCUUCAGCGAGUCAGCCGGGAGCUCUACCCCGACGCAGACUCAUUCCCCCGCUACCUCUCCAUGUAUGUGAAGGAGCUGGGGCUGAAGGUCCAGUAUGGGGUGGACAUCGGGAAGAUCAGGGCCUCAGAGUCUGAAUCACCUAGAGGCAGGGGAUACAUACUGACUGACCAGGGUGGACUGGACUAUACAUGCAGAGUCCUCCUGGUGUCCACAGGACUGUGGGAUCCUCAGAAGGUCCAGUUUGAGGGCUCAGACCUGGUGGAGGGCUAUGAGUCCAUCCCUGUGGACCCAGAGGAAUAUAAGGACCAGGCCGUGCUGAUCCUGGGCAAGGGGAACUCAGCAUUUGAAACAGCUCAGAGCAUCCUGGGUAGGGCCAGCCGGAUCCAUCUCUAUAGCCCGAGCCCGGUCCGCCUAGCCUGGCAGACACAUUAUGUCGGAGACCUCAGAGCUGUGAACAAUGAGCUGCUAGACACGUACCAGCUAAAGUCCCUUGAUGGGCUGGUGGAGGGAGGCCUUGAGGACAUUGCUAUCGUCAGAAAUGGAGAGGAUAAAAAGAAGCGCUCAGGCAGAAAGAAGAAGUGUAGAUCCAGUGGGAAGGAAAAGCGUGGCCAGUUGUUCCUUACUCUAGCUGAGCUACUGGACAGUCCGGAUGGGAAGAACAGUUCAAAGGUCACAGCGACAAACCUGCCUGUGUACCACAAUGACAACUUCUCUCUCCGCCAGCCAUAUGAUCGUGUGAUCCGCUGCUUGGGGUUCCGGUUCAACUUCAGCAUCUUUGAUGGCUCUGCCCGCCCACCAAGCAGUGAGGGUGCCAGGGGGCGGUUGCCAGGGGUGACAGCCUGGUACGAGGGGCGGGGAACCCCAGGCCUUUUUGUUCUGGGGACGGCUGCCCACUCAAGAGACUAUCGCUCUUCUGCAGGGGGGUUCGUUCAUGGCUUCCGAUACACAGUGCGUGCUGUACAUAGAGUCCUUGAGCUGCGUUACCAUAGCAACUCGUGGCCAGCAACCAAACUGUCAAUCAGUCAGCUGCAGUCCUGGCUGUUGAGGAGGGUCAAUGAGGCCUCCGGACUGUACCAAAUGUUUGGGGUACUUGGAGACAUCAUUUUACUAAGAGGCUCUCACUGUGAGUAUCUGGAGGAGUUUCCCCUCCAGGCCCUGCCCCAGUUCUCAUCUCUGUCUGGCCACCAGCUCUCCAAGCAUGGUCUGCUGGUUCUGGUCCUGCAGUACGGGAUGAACCGCACAGACUCACUGGGCCCUGGCAGAGCAGAGUCAGAGUGGACCCGUGCCUGGAGGUCCAACUUCCUCCACCCUGUUCUAUACUACUACGACACACUUCCUACGGAGAGGGACAUGAGACACCGUCCCGUUGGCUGGCCACUGCCACGACCCAAAGCAGUGCAUCACAUGAUCGAGGACUUCUUGACUGAGUGGGAUGGGCCCAUCUCCCACAGCCAGCCACUGCGGCGCUUCCUGGAACAUUGUCUCCACACUGACCUCAGGGCCUUCUAUGCAGAGUCAUGUUUCCGCUUUUCCCUUACCAAUCGAAAGCCACCCCUGUUUUGUCGUCAGGGAUACCUGAGGAAGCAUGGGGUUGUUAGUAAUAGUCAGCUAAGGCAGCAUGCCCAUGAAGCUGGGCUAAUGCCUACAGAACAGGACUCUGCAUCCCUAGACACAGACCCAUCGUUCCCUGAUUACCUUACCCGAGCUGGAGCCUCAGUGUCCUCUGCAAUGAACCUCGACUUCUGAUUGUUUACCCAAGGAUCCCCAAACUAAGCAAAUGACAGUUUUGAUGUCCCAAGACAUUCUCUACCUCUCAUUAUAAUAUCCCAUUAAUAUAUACAGUAUAUACACUGAGUGUACAAAACAUUAAGAACACCUUCCUAAUAUUCAGUUGCACCCCCCC